GGAUUGCCUUCUGCAGUAGAGCACUUGAAAAAUUGAAAUCAUUAUAUUUGCCAUUUUUUGAAUUCGAUAUGCUCGUGUUUUUAUUUUUGUUCGCAAUUUUCGCCCAGUCUUUAGGGCAGAGAACAAGUCGGGGGAUGUGUCCUCAACCCAAACCCAUACCCAAUUUCGAUGAGAACAAGUUGGUUGGCGAUUGGUAUGAAUGGGGUCGUAUUCCAAGUUACUAUGAGCCUGAUGCUGCCUGUGGACUCAUAUCAUACUACAGGGGUAAAGAUGGAAAUCUAGUCGAACGUGCCAUCUCUAUCAUCCGUCGAUCAGGCACUUGGAUUUUCUGGGAAGGUCGACUAGUCCCUAAAGGAUCACAACCAACUGCAACGUACGACUUGAAAUUCCCUGAAUAUUCGCAGGACAAAUCCCUUCAGGCGACAUUUAUCGCUGCAAAUGCUGACCACUGGGCAAUACUGCAUACCUGCAAGCAAGAGAAUGAUCAGGCCGUGGAAUUCGUGUGGAUUUGGUCGAAGAACACUACAUUGGAGCAACAAUAUCAGGACGAAGUAGCUAAUUACCUUAAACAAUUGAAUUUAAAUAUGCACGACAUUUACAUUGUUGAUCAAAACAAUUGCCCCUAUCUGAAGACAUCUGAUCCAUUAUCAGGAUGUUUCCAGUAAAAUUCAAUGAUCGGAUGUUCCGAAUUCAAUUUCAUUUUUUUCUCGACAACUUUUCAAUUUUUCAUUAGUUUUUUCAUCGUGAACUUUAUCAAAACAAAAUGAUGUCAGUGUUUUUAUCGCUGAAUAUUUUAUAUUCUGUAAUUAAUUGACUUCGACGAGAGGAAUUCUAUUGUUUUCACGUCAUAGCAUCUACUGGAAUUCCAAACGUUCAUCAAAUCAUGUAUUUAUUUUCACGAAUUUUCGACAACAUGAAAACAGAAUUGAAAAAAAAUGAAAACUCUGUAUGAAAUAAUUUUUUAUUGGAAUAUUCCGUUUCACUAUGACCGCUUGUUUAAUUAAUAAAUGCUUAUGAUUAAAAGGA